CUUGCAUGCCAGUUGCGUGUCCUGGGCCUCCUGUACGUCGCAGUGACUUUUUUCUGUAUCCGUGAACAGUCCUCACAACAUCAAGGAGCAGCACAUGCACACCUGGAGAGUGAGCAUUGACUGCCUCCCUAGCUGGUGUGCAGUAGAGCUGGGCGGUGCUCGUCUCACUUCACCUUCACCUUGUGCUCUGGGCGGAAAGGAGCAUCGUCAGAUGGGCCUGCAGCUCCCGUCACUGCUCUCCUGGCGGGUCUGCCCCGGGGCGGGGAGAGCGCUGGGAUUCUGCUUUCCCUUCAGCCAGCCCAGCUCCUGGGCACCUCUCACUCCCAGUGUGACCACUGCACGACUCUGGGGGUGAUUCUGGUGUUUAUAAGUGAGGACUUUUCUUACAAAUUGGCUCCUUAACCCACUCCAGCUCCGCCAUCUGGUGCUGGGCUGAAGAAACAGUGACCCUUCCUAACACUGGUGCAAACACCUGUCUGUGUGGCCAAUAGAGCUGCAGCGGGUAUGCAAAUGGAGUAUGCAAAUAGGGCCAUGUGCCAGCAGAGAUUCUCGUGAAUAAUUCUGACCCUGUUUACUUGUCACGUGACACACGGACUGUGGAAUCCAGCCCCAUGUGAGGCGCGGCUCCUCUCUGCCGAUUCCUGUACCCUGGGAAGAACGGGCGACUCGGAGACUUCUUCGGGGACCCUGGCAACCCCGCUUCUGAAUAUAACCCCUCGGGGAGCAAAGACGGGAAGUACGAGCUGUUGACAGCAGCAAAUGAAGUCAUUGUGGAGGAGAUCAAGGAUCUGAUGACCAAGAGUGACAUAAAGGGGCAGCACACAGAACCUCUGCUGGCGGGGUCCCUCGCCAAAGCUCUGUGCUACAUCCACAGGAUGAACAAGGAGGUUAAAGACAAUCAGGAGAUGAAGUCCAGGAUACUGGUGAUCAAGGCCGCGGAAGACAGCGCCCUGCAGUACAUGAACUUCAUGAACGUCAUCUUCGCGGCGCAGAAGCAGAAUAUUUUGAUCGAUGCCUGUGUUUUAGACUCCGAUUCAGGACUCCUCCAACAGGCUUGUGACAUCACAGGGGGCCUGUACUUGAAGGUGCCGCAGAUGCCUUCCCUCCUGCAGUACCUGCUGUGGGUCUUCCUUCCUGAUCAGGACCAGAGAUCUCAGUUAACCCUCCCUCCCCCAAUUCAUGUGGACUACCGGGCCGCCUGCUUCUGCCACCGCAACCUCAUUGAGAUCGGCUACGUCUGUUCUGUGUGCUUGUCGAUAUUCUGCAACUUCAGCCCCAUCUGUACUACCUGCGAGACGGCCUUUAAGAUUUCUCUGCCUCCCGUGCUGAAGGCCAAGAAAAAGAAACUGAAAGUGUCUGCGUGAGGGCUGAGCUUUCCCACCUCCCAGAGCCGCCUGUGGGAACGCGAGCGGGGAGGGAAGUCUUUGUAAGGAGGCUCCGAGAAACACAGCGACGUGUAAGAAUUCCUACUGCGGUUCCUUACAGGAUGCAGUCCUGAAAGAUCACCCUCACCUGUCGGGGACUGCUGUACGUGGGGAGCCCUUCUCUGCAGUGUCCAUCCCUAGAAUGCUUCCAGAGGGCUCUGUCCAGACGGGGAAAAUCGCACAUUUGUGACUUUUUAAACUGUGGACGAUCACGUGUCACAUCAGCCUGUCCUGACUGGGUGUGGGCUUUAGAGCUGCUUACUGUCAGCGUUGUUAUGGGGGGAGUUGGAACAGCUUCAGGAAAGGUGAGUGAGGCCUAAUCAACAUGCACCGCCUUACAUACUUGGGUCCGCUUUCCGAUCCUUGUUGUCUGCAUGGAGCUUCAGCCUCAGGUACUUGCAGGUACUCAGUCCUUUGUGUGACUUCGCACGUUUGGACAGCGAUACCCAAAUAAUGACAGUUUGUCUCGGAAUCACUGCGGAAUGGCUUUACAUGAGUCAGGUGGGUGAUGCAGGAGUCUGGUGGCAACUUCUUCAAAAGCAGUUGUGUGAAGAGGUCAUUUGUGAACGCUGAUGUCUGGCUUGUGAGGGGUACUACAGGGUUGGGGGGGUGGAUUCUUUAUAGUGUCACCCGCAGACUGAAUCCUUUCUUUUUAACCAAGGAAAAGAAAUAAAAGUAUUAACACUGGCUAACUGAUCUCUAGAAGCUUGGGACUUAAUACUGAAAAUUUCUGUCCGUUCAAACGAAAAAAUAUUUGUAAUUUCAGCAAUAAAAAUCGUAUUUUUUCCAUGUGA